GGAGCCGCGGAGCCGCCCAGCGCGGCGCGGCCCUUCCCCGCCGCGGGGCCGGGCUGGGCCCGGGGCACCGGGCAGGGCAGGGCGGGGCGGGGCGGGGGGCUCGGCGGCUCCGCGGCGGGGGAUGCGGGUGCCGGGCGCAGGAUGCUGUGGGGGGUGGGCCUGGCGGCGCCGCGCUCCUGCGUGGCGGACCUGAGCCGCAACCGCAGCCUGUCGCUGGGCUGGUGCGCGGGGCCCGAGGAGCCGCCGCCCGCCUUCUAUGGGGGCGAGAUCGUCGCCUUCCCGCUGUCGGGCGGCGGCGGCACCAUGGCGGCGCUGGGCUCCGACUCCUGGUGGAAGAAGACGCUGUACCUGACGGGCGGAGCCCUGCUGGCCGCCGCCGCGUACCUGCUCCACGAGCUGCUGGCCAUACGCAAAGAGGAAGAACUCGAUUCGAAGGAUGCUAUCAUACUGCAUCAGUUUUCAAGGCCUAGGAAUGGCGUUCCGAGUUUAUCCCCGUUCUGCCUGAAAAUGGAAACCUACUUGAGGAUGGCUGAUUUACCCUACCAGAACUAUUUUGAUGGAAAACUUUCCCCUCAAGGGAAAAUGCCUUGGAUUGAAUACAAUCACAAGAAAGUAUCUGGCACCGAGUUCAUAAUUGACUUUUUGGAAGAGAAACUUGGAGUGAAUUUAAAUAAACACCUUGGUCCACAUGAAAGAGCUGUCUCCAGAGCUGUGACCAAAAUGGUGGAGGAGCACCUGUACUGGACUUUAGCUUAUUGCCAGUGGGUGGAAAAUCUUCACGAGACGCAAAAGAUGGUUUCGCUUUUUGGCCCCUUCAGCGACUUGCUGAAGUGGAUCUUCUGCCAUCUGACCAAAGGAAUUGUGAAGCGGGAAAUGUACGGCCAUGGCAUCGGGCGCUUCUCGGAGGAGGAGAUGUACACGCUGAUGGAGAAGGACAUGCGGACUCUGGCAGGCCUCCUGGGUGACAAGAAGUACAUUAUGGGAUCAACUGUUUCCACUGUUGAUGCCACUGUCUUUGGACAUCUGGCACAGGCAAUGUGGACAUUGCCAGGGACUCGACCAGAGAGACUAAUCAAAGGUGAACUGAUUAACCUUGCUAUGUAUUGUGAAAGAAUAAGGAGGAAAUUUUGGCCAGAAUGGCACCAUGAUGAUGACAACACCCUGUAUGAAUCUGAGGAAAGCAGCGAGGCAAGCAAGACUUACUCCCCUUUGCAGGACUUCAGUUUUUAUUCAAGGACAGAAACAUUUGAUGAAGAAGGGAACAGUAUUUCCCAAACCCCUGACACAGAUUACACUGGACAUUCCCUCUUUGACUCGGAUGUGGACAUGGAUGAGUACAGAGAUCAUGAACAAUGCAAGUGAUAUGUACAAGUGUCUCCCAUUGUGCAGAUAAGCUGUUUCUUGGGAUCACUCUGAUAUCUUUUCUCCUUCAGGUCAGGAAGAGGUUUAUACCAUUUUGGUGGCGACCAUUGUGCUUGAUUCAGCUGUCACAUACUGCUUGGACUAUUUCAAAUGUAUUUCGUUUUGUGUAAUUGUUCAGGUGGAUCAAGGUAAACACAUUUAAAACACACGUGGGCAAACUGGAGUUCUAGAGGGCAGCAGGACCUUUCAAC